CCACCUGUACCAACAAGAUCAAGAUCAGAGGCACCGUUAUGAAGGCAGGACUGGGACACAUCAUCACAACAAUCAUAACAAUCCUCCAAACACGAGAUCACGGUCUUGCAAUUGUCAGAUGAGCCUAUACAUUUAGUUAAUGGUAUUCAGAGACAGCACCUCCUGCCUUGCCGACUAACAGCAUAGGAUACACUGCUCAUAGUUCUGCAAUGGCUGGAAAAACUCUGAACUUCAACGUUGGAGUGCUGGGACACGUGGACAGUGGCAAGACUUCCCUCGCCAAGGCCCUGAGCACUGUCGCCAGCACUGCGUGUUUUGACAAGAACCCUCAGUCCAAGGAGAGGGGCAUUACCAUUGACUUGGGCUUCAGUUCCUUUGUGGUGGAGGCACCUGAGCAUGUACAAGCUGGUGGAUAUGAGAAGCUACAAUUCACACUGGUGGACUGCCCAGGUCAUGCCUCUCUCAUCAGGACUAUCAUUGGAGGAGCUCAGAUAAUUGAUGCCAUGAUGUUGAUAGUGGAUAUAACCAAAGGCAUCCAGACUCAGACUGCAGAAUGUCUUGUCAUUGGUGAGAUUCUGUGUGAUAACCUUCUUGUGGUUUUUAACAAAGUGGACUUGAUACCCCAACAGAAACAAAAGGCUACUAUUGAGAAAAUGACAAAAAGGAUCCUGCUCACUCUUCAAAAGACAAAAUUUGCUAACUCAAAAAUCAUUGCUGUAUCAGCCAAACCAGGAGGUGCAGAGGCAUCUGAUGAAAGCCCCAUUGGAGUGGAAGAGCUUAUAAAGGCAAUGCAGGAAUCCUCAUACAUUCCAAAAAGAGACUCUCUGGGCCCCUUCCUGUUUUCAGUUGAUCAUUGCUUUAGCAUCAGAGGACAGGGCACAAUCAUGACAGGAACUGUGCUUCAAGGCAUGGUGACUGUUAAUGAUACCAUAGAGAUUCCCAGCCUAAAGGUGACAAAAAAAGUGAAGUCAAUGCAGAUGUUCCGACAGCCGGUGGAGAAAGUGUCACAGGGGGACCGUGUAGGCAUCUGCGUAACACAGUUCGACCCAAAGCUGCUGGAGAGAGGUUUGGUGGGCAGUCCAGGUGUUAUCAAGACAGCUUUUGGGGUUCUUGCCCGAGUCUCCAAGAUUUCAUAUUAUAAACUUCCAAUUGAAACUAAAGCAAAGUUUCAUAUUAGUAUUGGUCAUGAGACAGUCAUGGCAAGGGCAUCAUUUUUUCACACAGAAAACCAAGAAAGUGCAGGAGAAACAUUUGACUUCAACUGCACAUAUAAGCACCAGCAAGAGCUCUUUGCACCAAAGCAUGAGGAUGGUACCACCUCUCACCAGUUUGCUCUCCUUCAGUUUGAAAAGCCAAUUCAGAUUACUCCUAAUUCCUCUUUGAUAGGCUCAAAGCUAGACAUGGAUGUGCACACUAACAUGUGUCGUCUUGCAUUCAAAGGAGAGCUCCUGGAAAUAUUCACUGAAAAGAAUUAUCAAGAGACUCAGCUGGAAAGAAUCAAGGUCUAUAAAAACAAAAGCAAGGAAGGACUGGUGGAGCGAAUGGCUAAUGAGAAUGAAAUCAUUGUCAAAAACCUGCUCAAGAAAGACACUAAUAGCCAGCUCUUUGUUGGUUUGAAGGUAAAGCUCUCCACAGGUGAAGAAGGGAUAAUUGAUGGAACAUUUGGGCAAGGAGGCAAGGUGAAAGUAAGAAUUAGUAGUGGCCUUCAAGACACCACAAAGGUCCUUCUGCAAAAACUCUCAGCUGGAAAAAAGAAAGGCAAGAGUGGCCAGGAAAACCAACCUUCCCCUGAUAACAGUUCAGAACCUGUGAAAGUUAUCCUCAAUUUUAAGAAAUAUGUAUUUAGCAACAGUAAAAAAAUAGUGCAAACUUGAUUACCCAUGUAUGUGUACCUAGAUUAUUUUGUAUGCUGUGUGAUCUUUUCAUGUUCCUUGUGAUAACUGAAUAUGUGACCCAUUUUUGUUGUUGUUUGUAAAGCUAUUGUGAAGUUUUUGACAAAGUUUUGAUACCUUUCAUUGCUAAAUAAAUUGGCUGGGUGAAAUAAUUAAAUGUGGCUUUAAUAUGAUACUUCAUCUAAUGAUAUUCUUGCAUCAGAUACAGCAUUUAUACUUGAUGUAACUGUAAUAAAACUGCAAUUGGUA